GCUGGCGCGAGCCCAGGGUGAUUCUGAGCUGAAGCGCUUGCCGAUAAUGCGGACGACGGCGAACCCCAAUUACGUGGCUCAUGCGUCCUCGUCGAUGCUGGACGGCAGCUGUUUCUCUGGCGAGGUGCUGGACCACUUCGCGCGGCGCGAGGAGGAGCUGCUGCUGAGGAACCAAGAACUCGACCGCAAGAAGGAACAGGUACGUACGUCUCCAUCAACUAACUCCACAACACAAUGCAGUACCUACGCAGGGGUGAGAGGCAGGCUUUGCACUGGUGUGUGUGUGUGUGUGUUGCGUGUGCAGACGGUGUUGGAUGCGGAGCGUCUUCUGGAGAGUGUGGGCACUGCCGCCGCAGCUCCACACCCCUCCCUCACCCUCAGACACGACAGCACCGACCCCUCCCCACCCCCAUCGCAGCACCACAUCCACACCCACAUCCACACACAUGCACCGGAGCCCCCUGUGGCUGACCCGUCCGCCCCAGGUCUGGAGAGCCAGCUGCCCAGCGACCUGGGCAUCGAUGUCGACAUCGAUGGGCCAUCGCCAUUCCUGGAGGGACAAUCCAAGACCAACACGGUGGUCCAGCGGGGCAGCAGACCGGCUGCGCGUGGUGACGAUACUAGUGCGGGUGGAGGUGGAGGUGGUUUGUCGUCCGCGUCGACCCGUGCGUUGACGCAUCAGGGGUACUCUCGGGCGAUGUCUGGGCGGGAGGAGGACGAGGGCGGCAGCAGUGGGAGGGGGGCGGUGGGUGGAGUUGGCCGCAGUGGCAGUAGUGUGAUAGCGUCUGCAGGUGCCAUGAGUGUGGGGGCUAAGGUGGGCAGCAUCACCACCACCAGUGUGGCUGCUAGUGGCCAGGGCGGGGGAGGGUCGGUGCGGGGCAAGGAGGAACGGGUCAUCGAUGACGUCUUCAUCAACACACACGUGGUGGGGUGGUGGGCGGCACACCAGAUGGGACACAGACAGACACAAAGAAAGGGGUGGAGGAUGUGUCUGUCUGUGCUGUGUGUUGUCCUUCCUUGCAGCCGAUGGGUGGCGAUGUGACGACACUCCACGCAACCAUUCGGCUGCAGAAAGCACGGUGAGUGAGUGACCCUUACCUUACACCCACCCAAGACACCAACCACAUCAGUGCCAUCAGUGCAUCUGAUCUGCCCUCCUUCCUGCUCAUACAUACCAUUCAUACCAUUCAGGAUUCUCUCCUUGCAAGAGGAGCUGCAGCGCCGCACCCAGGAGUUGGGCACCCACCGGCACGAGCUGGUAUCGUGUCAAGAGGAGGCCAAGGGUCUGCGGGAUGACGUCAAGAAGUUGCAGCGGCAGACACAGCACCUGGAGACCAACCUGGAGAAGAAUAUCAAGAAGAAUGACGACUUCAGCCAGGUCAGUUUGCGUCUGGGUGUGUGUCUCUGAAAUGAAUGGGUAUGUGUGCACUGCAGCGGCUUAGUUCGACUGAGUCCAUGUUGGCUGACGUACGUCGCGAGAAGGAGCAGCUGAGGACUCAGCUCAGGAAGGCAGGUCAGUCACCACCCGCCCCGCAGCGCUGGCUGGCUUCUCACAUCAAUCUCUCUCUCUCUCUCUGUGUGUGUGUGUGUGUGUGGUGCAGACGUAGAGGUGGGUGGCAAGGAGAAGCGUCUGGGUCGUCUGCAGGAGGAGCUCGACAAGUACAGAAGCCAACUCAGGGACAAACGCACUGACGAUAGAGAACGGUAUGCCAAGCUGCCAACCAGCCACCCACCGGCAUGGCAUCAUGGGCGUGGCCACCGUGUACUCUCCUCUGUGUGUGUGUGUGUGUGUCCAGUGCGUCUGCGGACCGACAGACGGUCGAUCGCCUCAUGGCUGAGGUCAAGAAGCUAGAGCGGUAGUCGAGGCGCUCACACAACUAACGAAGAGGAUGAGAUGGAGACACUCCCGUUCAAACGGGAUGAUGUGUGUCUGUGUGCCUUUGUGUGUGUGUGUGUGUGCAGGCAGCGUGGUGAGCUGGUGUCCGUCUUCAAGAAGCAGGCCAAACUCAUCGACAACCUCAAGAGACAAAAAAUACACAUGGAAGCUGGUAUGCACCCCUUUCCCAUUAGCCCGCCACACACACGUUUCCCACCAGCCCAUGCAAUCUCUCUCUCUGUCAGCUCGUGUGCUCGGUUUCACUGAGGAGGAGUUCUAUCGCCUCUUAGAUCUUGACGAGCAACUGCCCCGCGCCGCCCCCGCCCCCGCCCCAGCCCCAGCCGCUGCUGCAUCAUCGUCGUCGGCGUCAGGCAGGGCCAGUGGGCCAGUGGCUGCGCCGAGGGUGGCUAGGAAGAGACCACCUGGUGCUGCUGAUGGGGGUGGGGAGAGGGGCGAAGGGCAGGAGACGACUGAAUGACUGAGGGGUGUAUAGGUGGGGGUGGGUGGGAGAGAUGAUUGUGUGGACAGUUUGCCGGUCUGUGAGUUCACUCAUGGUCGUGUUAGCCUCGUUGUGGUCUGAGUCGGGGUGAACACGAUGGAUGGAUGAAUCAAUGGAUUCAGAAUAGGA